AUGACCAUAGAAGAAAACUCGAACAUGAAGGAUAUCAUUAAUUCCAAUUUCGAGGAUAAUAAGGAUGAGAAAGUGAUCAUUGUAAAUGAAAAUAAUGAGUUCCAAGAAUUGAAAACGAGAAAAAUUAUGAGGACGCAGAAUUUGUGGCACAGAUCUACAUCCAUUUUUGUUUUCACCAAAAUUGAUCAAGACUAUUUUAUUUAUGUACACAAAAGAUCCAAGAUAAAGGACUACUGCCCAUCAUACUACUCCAUUGGUUUCGGUGGAGUCGUUUCAGAAAAUGAAGAUAUGCUUAGCAAUGCUGUAAAGGAGUUGGAGGAAGAAAGCGGGAUAAAGAAGUCCCCCGAACAGCUUUUCGAUUUGGGUGUGGUCAAGUGUGACACGGAAUGCUCCAGGUCCUUCGUGGGUUCCUACGUAAGUCGCACUUUGGUUGAACCAUGUCAUUCGAUGGUUGUCUUCAUCGACCCCGACUUCCAGACCAUCCCCCAGCUGAAUGAAGUCGAAUUUAUCACCCGUAUUCCCCUGAACGAAUUUGACGAAUUCUUACAAAAGGAGAAGUUCACAGUUAUCAGCAAAACCGUGUAUAACCAUUUGAAAGACAAAAUGACUAAAUCCGCCUUGGACGAAAUAUACAAGAAAAUCAACUAA